AUGUCUGCACCAGCUUCCCCCGAACUCUCCUUCGACUCUGAUGACCGCCCAGAAUCCAGGGAUCAUACGACAAAAACCACAUCUUCCGGCCACACCCGCAAUGCCAGUGACAAAUCCCGAGACUACAGUCCCCGGCGACGAUCGAUCCAGUUUAGCGUCGGAGCCGCGGAAGCUCAGCUGCCGGCUCGGAAGUCGAGUUUAAGGGAAAAGCGACUGUCUUAUGGUGAUACCCCGACUAGGGAGAGGGAGUUGGAAGAGAAGGACAGGGAAUGCAAGGCCGCUCUUGCAAAUCGCGGGCCGUCCCCGCCUCCGCCAAAGACAUACGAGCGAGGCGUUUCGUUUGAUACUUUUGAUAAUUUCGACGCGACCGACUUCUCCCUUACCUUGAACUACAAACACAAAGGCUACCAGAGCACGCGACGCAGCAGGACGUUUUUGUGUGGAACGGACCAGAAUGAUUACUCAGAGUUUGCGCUCGAAUGGCUUAUCGACGAGCUAGUGGAUGAUGGAGAUGAGAUUGUUUGUCUCCGGGCCGUGGAGAAAGAUUCGCGCAUAGCCAGUGACGUCGGCAUCGAAGAGGGCAAAUACCGACAGGAAGCAGAGAAGCUGUUUGAGCAGGUUAUCCAGAAGAACAGCCAGGAUGAGAAGGCCAUCAGUCUGGUGCUGGAGCUUGCAGUCGGCAAGGUCGAAAGCAUAAUUCAGCGCAUGAUUCGCAUAUAUGAACCUGCAAUGCUCGUUGUUGGCACGCGCGGCCGCAAUUUGAAAGGAGUGCACAGUCUCCUACCCGGUUCAGUCUCAAAAUACUGUCUUCAACAAUCGCCCAUCCCCGUUAUCGUCGUGCGUCCAUCUCCGAAGCGCCAAAAGAAGAAACUCAAGCGCCGGGCAGACCCGACUCGCCGGAGUUAUAACCAUAUCCUUGAAUUGAGCGAGCAGCGCGGCAGUCGCAUUUUUGACGCUAGCUCUAGCACCGAAAGCAGUACCUCGAAAUUACCAGGCGAGGAGGCUGCCGUCGCCGAGGCUCUGGGUCUCCCCGCCUCUUACUCAAAUGCGAAUUCGCGGAGCUCACUGUCAGUCUCAGACCAGAGUAGUCUCAGCGUUGAUGACUCGGACUCAGCUUAUCCGGCACGAAAUUCACUGGAUGCCGUUGUCAUGGGGAGUCCGGCAGAGAGCUCCCAGGAGAGCGUUGUUGCUGGUGAUGAAGGCGGACAGAGCAACUCUUCUCCAGAUGGAGCUGCGGAUUUUUCUUUGCCUGUCGAGCAAGACGAUUCAAAUGAUGAUUCCUCGGCGGCCGAGACUGCAAAACCCAACGAGGUAGACGAGACCUCUGAGAGCAAGAACCCAGUAUCCAUUCCUGUCAUUGAAGUGUCAAAUGACAACGACAGAGACGCCGCGAAGGAAUCUUGA